AUGGCUACCACGCCGCGCCGUUCGUCCUCGGUGCCGUUCAAGAGAUCACGACUGGAUCUAUCUCCCCAAGUGGAACGCCGCGAUGAAGGUUUGAAACAAUCGUUUGCUGAUGCCACUUUGCCGCCUUAUGUGAGCUCCGAGGCUGAUCCAUUGCCUGCCAAGAGCCCUGCUCCCGUUAUGGAUCCUGAUCUACCUUGCUCGAUUGUCAUUGCUGGGAUGAUGGAGAAUCAAUCGCCCAAUUUGGUUGAUAUGGCAAAUUAUGAUUACCGUGCACAUGCUCCACUAUCAAUUUUCUAG